UCUGCGUAUGUAUAAAUGAUUUUUUUAAAAUAUAAUAUCAUAAAUCUGUUUGUUUUUAAUAAUGAUUAGUGGAUUAGGCAAAAAUAAUAAUAAUGAGUAAAAGACCAAGAACGGAACCACCUACUAAUGGUCAAGAAGACAUUUGGGGUGACGAUUUUACUUACGAUGAAGUGAACUCAAUUGUUAACAUUGAGUCUUUGGCAUCACAAUCACAUUUUCCCGUUAAUUUAAAUAACCCUGGUAAUCAAAGGGACAGUCAAAUUAGAGAAGGAGAAAUCAAAAAUUUAAAAAAUAGGAUUAAGCAGUUAGAAAUUCAACUAUACAACACGAAACAAGAAAAAGAUGAUAAAUUUAAAACACUGAAAAAUAUUAUCGACUGUAAAGAUACAGAGCUUAAAUUCCAACAACAAGAAAUGACUGCCCUCAAAAAUAAGGUAAAAGAAAUGAAGAUUAUCAACAAAAUUAUUCCUCAGAAAAAUGUAUCAUUUAGCUGCAUGAAAACUGGAAGUAACUCAACUUUAUUACACAAUGCUUCAGAACAUAAUACAAAAAAAAAUGUAUCAACUCAAACAUUUCAAACCACAAACAAUGAACAUUAUCUAUUAAUAAGGGAUAAUUAUCCAGAAAUAAAUAAAAGUUAUGAAAAGCUGAAAAAAUGUUUGUAUCCUGACUUAUUUAGUAUUCAAAAUAAUCAAAAUGAUGUUAAAAAUUUGAGUACAAUACAAGAUUGUCAUUUAAUUUUAGCCAAAUUGAUGGUGUUAGAAACUUUUGAUGAAAUUCAAUCUUACUCAUUAAUUGAAUUGUUAUUUGAAAACUGUAAACAUAUUUUAGAAUCUACAAUUGAAAUACUUCAAGAGACAAUAGAUGAUGAAGAUUUUGUUAAAAGGGAAAAACAAUUAAUUUAUAGUUACUUAAAUUUAAAUAAACAAUGUUUAAAAAAUAGGUUUUCUAUGUUUGAUCUACAAUUCUCUCACUUAUUGGAUUGCAUAUCAGUAUUAACUACUAUUUCUAAUGUUGUUCCAAAAAUUGUUAUGAAUCCUUCAAAUCAUGUAUUUCAAACAUUUGUACACUUUUUACAAAUAAUUGGUGCACAAAGUCGUUCCUUGGAGUAUGUUUCAGUAAUUAUCGCACUGAUAAAGUUUCUUACGAAUUUAUGUAGCUGUAAUUGGGAUAUAACAAAACAAAAGCAAUUAGACAUUUAUGAUAUAAUUAAAGAAAUAGUAUUCUGCCGUCCAUGCAUUGACAUUGUACAAGAACUAAUCAAUUUGUUAAGUAAAAUUUCUAUGUACACAGAAAUAACAGACAAUCUAUGUCAAUUAUCUAAUCGUAAUACAUUUAUUCUAUCUGACAGAGUUAGUACAUUUACAACAGGUAAAACUGUAAAUUAUUUUAUAACUUGUUUUAUAAGUAAUUCUAUCAUUAUUAAUUUAGGAACAUGUGUUCUACGUGUCCUUUGUCUUCAGCUAGAACUCCUCAAACACAGCAAUCAUCUUAUUACAAACUAUUUAUAUUUUGUAAAUAUCCUUUUAAAUAGUACACAUGUACCCAGAUGGCUGCACAAAGUACCAAAUAAAACAUGUGAUUGCACUGCAUCUUUUAUAGAAUUCACUAUACAAUGUUUGUAUAUUGUCUUCAACAUUUAUGAUAAAGAAAGAGAAUCUUACGACAUUGAUCUUUUAAGACUCAUGGAAGAAAUUGUUGAAAAUAGUUACUCCAUACUUUAUCGUCUAGGAAAAUUAGAUGAAGAAUUUCGUAGUCACAUAAGUAAAUGUAAAGGCCGUUAUGAUGUUAUUGUUCGGAAAAUUCAAAAGCUUGAAUUUGGCAAAUCAAACAAAUUUUUAGUAAAAGAACUGAAAAAAUUUGAAUUUAAAUCAUUAACACAUAGCCAAUACAGUUCUUCAAUACAUUAUGAAGUAUUUCCGAUUGAUAAACCCAAGUUUACACAAAAAUCACAGUAUCAAUUUGAUGAACCUAACAAACAAAUAUCUGAAAAUAAUGUAUGAAAUAACUAUCGAUGCAUAAAUUUAUAUCAUAUCCUACUGUAAGCAGGUAUGUAUAUUUAUUAAUUGUAAUAUCUU